GCGCUGACGGACAGGUCCCAACACGAAGAGGGAACUGAAAUACAAACAGGAAGCUGGGACAUUGUGAGAAAAAAAUACCGUCAAAAGACAGAAGCAGACAGUUCAGCGUGAGCCGCCGAGAUGCCAGCUUGAGCAACACAGAGAGAGAGAACCAGAAAAAGGAAACAUCCGGUCCCAAAAUUCAUCCAGAUGGAGCGACGAUGACAACGCUUAAAGAGCUCCUCCUGGAAACACUGGAUGAUCUCGGAGACGAUGAUCUCAAGGUCUUCCAGUGGUUCCUGCAGCAGGCGGACGUCCUGGAGGGCUUUCCAGCCGUCCCGAGGAGCCGCCUGGAGAAGGCAGACCGGCUGGACACGGUGGAUCAGAUGGUCCGCACCUACAGCCAACACUCUCUGGACGUGACCAAGAAGGUCUUAGUGAAGAUCAACAGGAACGAUCUCGUGCAGAAUCUGCCAGACGUCACCUCUGGAUCCACAGGAGAUGUCAGUGAUGUUUCGGAGACUUCAGAGAGCAGACAGGGCUCCUCCUUCUCUGAUUCUGAAGAUUUGCUUGUGCGAACAGCAAAGCCUUCACGACCCAUCACAUCCUACCAACAGACACUCCAGUCAAACCUCCAGAACAGGUUCAUGUGUGUGCAAGAAGGACUGUCCGAGAGGGAGGACAAGAAGCUGCUGGCUGAGAUCUACACGGAGCUCUACAUCACGGACGGGCGCGUCGUGCACAUCAACAGGCAGCACGAGGUCAGGCUGAUGGAGAAGGCGUCAAGAAAACCAAUGGGAAGUGAGAAUCCAAUCAAACCCAGGGACAUAUUCAAACACCCCUCUGGAGAAUACAUUCCCGUUAGGACAGUGCUCACCAAUGGGAUUGCGGGAAUUGGCAAAACCUUCCUCGUGCACAAGUUCAUCCUGGACUGGGCCGAAGGAAGAACCAAUCAAGAUGUGCAUGUCAUAUUCCCCUUCACCUUCCGGCAGCUGAACUUACUGAAGGGGAAGAGGUUUUGUUUGGCAGGGUUAAUUCACAAAUGCAUCAGGGAAACUAUAGACAUCACGAAGGAGGCUCUCAAUAGUAUCUUCACAACCAUACAGAUGUCAGGAAACUCCAACUAUGAAAAGAGCGCAUUCAAACUUCUGUUUGUGUUGGACGGUUUGGACGAGAGCCGCCUUCCGCUGGACUUCACCGCCAACGAUAAGAACCCUGUUGAUGUGGCAAAGUCAACCAGAGUAGAGGUGCUGCUCACAAACCUCAUUGUGGGGAACCUGCUUCCCUCCGCUCGCCUCUGGAUAACCACACGACCAGCAGCAGCCAGUCAGAUCCCUCCUGAGUGUGUUGACAUGGUGACGGAGGUGAGAGGCUUCACUGACCCACAGAAGGAGGAAUACUUCAGGAAGAGAUUCAGAGAUGAGGAGCAAGCCAGCAGAAUCAUCUCCCACAUCAAGACGUCACGAAGCCUCCACAUCAUGUGCCACAUCCCAGUCUUCUGCUGGAUCACUGCUACAGUUCUGGAGGACGUGUUGAAGACCAAACAGAGAGGAGACCUGCCCAAGACCCUGACUGAGAUGUACACGCAGUUCCUCAUGUUUCAGAUCGACCGGACCAAGGAGAAAUACGGCACGGAAAAGAGCCUCAAGUACAUUCGGGCACUUGCAAAACUGGCUUUUCACGAGCUGAAGAAAGGCAACAUGAUCUUCUACGAGGAGGACCUGAAGAAGAGUGGCAUCAAUUUCAGCGAAGCCUCGAUGUACUCAGGCGUGUUCACGCAGAUCUUUAGAAAAGAGGAGCGUGGCUUGAAUUACAAGAACAGGAACAAGAUGUUCAGCUUUGUCCAUCUUAGCAUUCAGGAGUUUCUGGCUGCCGUCUAUGUUGUCCUGUCUCUCACUAACAAGAACAAGAAUGUAAUGGCUGAACCACGGAGUUUCAUCAGUUCACGGAUACUUUCCAACAAAACCUCUGCAACAGAGGUCUACAGGGAUGCUAUCGACAAGGCCUUACAGAGUCCAGACGGACACCUGGACCUGUUCCUCCGCUUCCUCCUGGGUCUUUCACUGCCGACCAAUCAGACUCUCCUAGGUCUGAUGACACACACAGGAAGUAGCCCACAGUCCAAUGAGGAAACAGUCCAGUACAUCAAGGAGAAGCUCAGGGAGAAUGAGUCUCCAGAGAGAAGCAUCAACCUGUUCCACUGUCUGAAUGAGCUGAAUGACCAUUCUCUGGUGGAGAAGAUCCGGCAGUACCUGAGGUCAGGAAGUUUCUUCCCAGACAAACUGUCCCCUGCUCAGUGGUCAGCGCUGGUCUUCAUCUUGCUGACGUCUGAAGAAGAGCUGGACAUGUUUGACCUGGAUAAAUACUGUGCUUCAGAUAAAGGUCUUCUGAGGAUGCUGCCGGUGGUUGAAGCCUCCAGUAAAUCCAGGCUGAGAGGCUGUAAUCUGUCAAGAAAAAGCUGUGAAGCUCUGGCCUCAAUCCUCAGCUCCCAGUCCUCUAGUCUGAGAGAUCUGGACCUGAGCAAUAACAACCUGCUGGACUCAGGACUGAAGCUGCUCUCUGCUGGACUGGAGAGUCCACACUGCCGGCUGGAGGCUCUCAGGCUGAGCGGCUGUAAGUUGUCAGAGGUCGGCUGUGAGUGUCUGGCCUCAAUCCUCAGCUCCCAGUCCUGCAGUCUGACAGAGCUGGACCUGAGCAACAACAACCUGCUGGACUCAGGAGUGAAGCUGCUCUCUGCUGGACUGCAGAGUCCACACUGCCGGCUGGAGGCUCUCAGGCUGAACAUCUGUAAUCUGUCAGAGGUCGGCUGUGAGUGUCUGGCCUUGGUUCUCAGCUCCCAGUCCUGCAGUCUGACAGAGCUGGACCUGAGCAACAACAACCUGCAGGACUCAGGAGUGAAGCGUCUCUCUGCUGGACUGCAGAGUCCACACUGCCGGCUGGAGGCUCUCAGGCUGUCAGGCUGUCUGCUCACACAGGAAGGCUGUGCUGCUCUGGCCUCAGCUCUGAGCUCCAACCCCUCCCAUCUGAGAGAGCUGGACCUGAGCUACAAUCAUCCAGGAGACUCAGGAGUGAAGCUGCUCUCUGCUGGACUGGAGGAUCCAACCUGGAGACUGGACAAGCUCAGUGUGGAGCACAGCGGGGAGCAGUGGCUGAAACCAGGCCUGAGCAAGUACGCCUGUGAGCUCACGCUGGACCCAAACACCGCGCACAGGAACCUGGUCCUGUCCGAGGACGGCAGGACGGCGACGGUGGUGGGGGAGGAGCAGCCGUACCCGGACCACCCCGACCGCUUUGACUACUGGGAGCAGGUCCUGUGCGGGACGGGUCUGACCGGGCGCUGCUACUGGGAGGUGGAGAGGGAGGGCUGGGUGCACAUCGGGGCGGCGUACAGAGGCAUGAGCAGGAGCGGAGAGGGCGACGCCUGCAGGCUGGGGGCCAACGAGUACUCCUGGAGCCUGGUCAGCUACGACGACAGCUUCACCAUCUGCCACGACGCCAGGAAGGCGGUCAUCCUCACCCCCGGCUGCUCCCCCUCCAGCAGGGUGGCCGUCUACCUGGACUGGCCCGCCGGCUCUCUGUCCUUCUACAGGGUCUCCUCCUCCUCCUCCUCCUCCGAGCCGCUGACCCACCUCCACACCUUCAACUCCACCUUCACCGAGCCCCUGUACCCCGGCUUCUGGUUCGCCUUCUGGAUCGGCUCCUCGCUGUCCCUGCGUCAGAGAGAGGAUGCGACGCCUGGACCAGAGACGGAGAGGGAAGAGGGAAAAAAUGAAAAC